AUGCCAUCUCCUCGGAAUAUUCGGCAUUCUUGCCUGAGGAGGAAAAUACCAAUAAAUGGGUGCAUGCUGAUCUUACUGAUAUCAGCUGGUAUUAUGAUCUUGUCGUUAAAAGUCCCUAAGGAAAAUCAGCCGGAAUACUUUCGCGCUAUUUAUAUCACAGCUGCUAGAUUACAAAACGCAUUGUUCAUGUUUGUUAGGGAUGUGGUGCGUAUUUUUGCCGAUUUAUGUACUGAAGUCCGCGCUUGCACCUCGAGGGUAGACAUAAUUCAGUCCAUCGAACAACCGAAUAAUACGUUCAAGAUAUCUACAAAUUAUUUUUAA